UGUAUUGUUUAAACUGCUCAAAUCUGACGGUGUUGUCAUUUUCAGAAAACUUUCAGGCAAAGGUGAUGGCGGCCGCGGUGUCCGUUAGCGCAGCUGGCAGAGAAGAAAAUCCAAAUGCAGGGCCCAAUUUCGCUAGCCGUCCACUUCACGAAAACUAUGACCCCGCUGUCGAACACGAGAAUUGGGUGUCCAGGGAUCCCGAGCCCAGUGAUGGAGAUGCAUCAUCGGACAACGAGUGUCAGCGAAGGGUCGAUGAAGAGUUGACGAAGCUUAGCCCUGAAGAGAUUGAGAGUCGCUUGGACAGAACUCGUCGAGAGUUUUACAAUCGAAGGAAAAUCAUAAUUAAAAACCUGCCAUCCGAUGUUAGCAAUCAGGAGGUACAUGAGCUGUUGCGCAGCUAUGACUUGAAGUACUGCUUUGUGGACAAAUACAAGGGAACAGCGUUUGUCACACUGCUCCAUGGGGAGCAGGCACAAUGUGCCAUCAAAGAGUUCCACCAGCACAUGCUGCGGGAGCGGGAGAUCUCUGUGCAGCUGCAGCCCACCGACGCGCUGCUGUGCAUCGCCAACCUGCCCCACGCCUUCUCCCAGCAGCAGUUUGAGGAGCUGGUGAGACCCUUCGGCAACCUAGAGCGCUGCUUCCUGGUCCACAGCGCCUCCACUGGCCACUCCAAGGGCUACGGCUUCGUGGAGUACAUGAAGAAGGACUCUGCGGCUAGGGCUAAGUCUGAGCUGCUGGGGAAGCAGCUGGGCUCCAGGAUGCUGUACGUCCACUGGACUGAGGUGGGCUCCCUCACCUACCCCCUGCUGCACUCCAGGUGUCUCUGUGUGGACCGUCUGCCCCCCAGCCUGCUGACUGCCCAGGACCUCAGCAAUGCCCUGGCCGACACGCACGCACCCAUCUUCUGCCAGUUGGCUCAGGGCCAGGAUGACAGUUUCCGGCGGUUUGCCAUGUUGGAGUUUUCCUCGGCAGAGAUGGCUGAGCAGGUGCAGAGAGAGGCUGACGGCAGGGCGCUAGGUGGGACCCACAUCCGCGUCUCCUUCUGUGCCCCUGGACCCCCGGGACGGAGCAUGCUGGCUGCCCUCAUCGCUGCCCAGACCAUGGCCCUGAACCGAGGGAAAGGUCUCCUCCCUGAGCCCACAGCCAUGCAGAUCCUCACAGGCCUCAGUAACCCUGCCACCCUCAAGAUGCUGCUCAACCCCCUCACCCAGGGCAGGAAACAAGGUCUCCUUGGUGCUGCUCCCACCAUGCCACUGCUGGCUAACCCCGCCCUCUCUGCUGCUCUGCUCCAGCUGCUCCUCCAGAACCAGGCCCAAGUUCAACAGGCAGGACUGAUGGGGGAUAACCUUCUGGCUGCUAUGCCUCUCCAGCAGGGAAUCCAUCUGCUGGGAGACCUGCCUCAAGUGUCCCCAGGCGGUGUGGUUCCAUCCCUGGGCCUCCAGUCAGACCCUAUGGGUCCCUUAAACCUCCACUCUAUGGGUCACCCCUUGGGCAGAGAGUCCCCUACCAGCUUCUCCCAGAACCCCUCCCCAACUCUCCAGGGCAUGUCCAUCUCCCACCUGGGUGGCGUGAUGGGGGCAGAGGGGCUUACAGCACCUGGGGUGUCCAUACUAGGACACCCUCCCAAUGAUGGGAAUCUUCCCCAGAACCCCUUCAAUGUCCACAGCCUGUUCCCAUCCCCAGGCUCCAACUGCAGGCCCCACCCUUACAGGAAGAGACCAGCGCUAGGCAACUCCUCCAACCAGCGCACACAGAACAUCCACUGUAACUACAGGCUGCGCUACCAGGAGUCCUACCCCCCAAUACAACAGGAUCCUCUGGGCCAUCUGUAUGAACAGCAGGAGGCUCUGGACACUGGAGCUCUGGCAGGGUUCGGACAGCAGUGGUUUGGUCACCCCGGCUACAGUGAGCAGGCCUCCUCCCGCUAUAGUUACCCCCCCAGCCCGCCCUCGUCGUCCUACUACAGCUCGGUGGCACCUGGCCCCGGCAGCCUCCCCUCCAGCCAUCUCAACAAGGCUGUGGGCAUGCCUCCUGUGAGCCACUCGAACAUGUACCCAUCUGGUCUGGGGAUGAAGACUCCCAUUGGUGGUCACAAGCGUCUGAUCCCGUCUCCAGAGCCCAGCCCAGAAGGGGGCUACGUGGGACAACACUCCCAGGGCCUUGGGGGCCACUAUGCUGACUCCUACCUGAAACGCAAGCGUAUCUUCUAAUGGAAACCAAUCAACACUUGUACGAGAUGCCAGUUAACAGCCAGGAGAUGGCUCCAUUUCCCCCCCCCGGAACUCCUCCAAUCAGCUUUUAGGUUUGGGCUUGGCGGUCCAGUGGUCUCUCACUUGUGUUCCUGCCAGCGCCCCCCGGAGCGUGCUGGGGUUGCAGCCUGUCGCUAAUCGGGACAUAACAAUGCGUGCCAGUGUAUGGGAGUUUUGAUGUUUUUUUUGUAAAUAUAUGAUUUCAGUGCUUGUAAAUUAAGUUUUAUCCUUUUUUUUUCUAUCAGGAAAUCUCAUUGUUUACACAUUGGGAGUUACCUUGUACUAUAAGAAAAUAAUUAACAUCUGAUUUCAGGUCUUUUUUUUUUCUUCUGCGUAUUCCCUUCAUUGAUUGGCUAAGCACUUUUUAUUUAAAUUUUUAUAUUUUGUAUUAGUUUUUUCUUCCUGUUGUGAUAUUGUCAACGGGUUUCUAUUUUAAGAAGUUUUGCCUCCCGAUAUUUUUGUAUAUAGUUCAUUAGUUUGUUUGAUGGGAUGUUUUAAUUUUUUUGCGCGCCUUCCUCCUACAGGGAUUAUGUACUGACUGUCUGGACAGGAUUCAGGCCUUUACUUGGAUUCACGUAGAGCUGUGUAGCAGUACUGCCUUUCUGUCUUUUGUCCUUUGGAAAACUGUCCCCUUACACAACUAGUCUGGAAUAUGCUGUUUUCAACCCUUCACUCUUCCACCCCUCCGUCUCAUUUGGGAGCCUGUUCUCUGCACUGAGUGUUUGUUGUUGCACUUGGAGGACACGGGCAGAUCACAAUUCUCCAGGUUUGUUGAAUUUCUACGGUUCUCACUCGUUUCCC